AUGGUGGGCCUGACUUCCUCCGACGUGCACCCCACCAUGGGGGUGAAUAUCUUCUCAGCCGGGGUGUCUGCCUGCUUGGCGGACGUGGCCACCUUCCCGCUGGACACUGCCAAAGUUCGGCUCCAGAUCCAAGGAGAAUGCCCAAUUUCCAGCCCAAUCAGAUAUAAAGGCGUCUUGGGAACAAUCACCACUCUGGCAAAAACAGAAGGGCCAAUGAAACUUUACAGCGGGCUGCCUGCUGGCAUUCAGCGCCAGAUAAGCUCUGCCUCCCUUCGGAUCGGCCUCUAUGAUACGGUCCAGGAGUACUUCACCGAAGGGAAAGAUGUACCAGCUAGUUUAGGAAACAGGAUCUGCGCUGGCUUAACAACAGGCGGAGUGGCAGUGUUCAUUGGGCAACCCACAGAGGUUGUGAAGGUUAGACUUCAAGCACAAAGCCAUCUCCAUGGUCCCAAACCACGCUACACCGGGACUUACAAUGCUUACAGGAUUAUAGCAACAACAGAAACCUUGAGAGGUCUUUGGAAAGGGACUACACCAAAUCUUGUAAGAAGUAUCAUCAUCAAUUGUACAGAGCUAGUAACGUAUGACGUUAUGAAGGAUACCUUUGUGAAAAACAACAUCCUGGCAGAUGAUGUCCCCUGCCACUUGCUCUCUGCUCUUGUUGCUGGAUUUUGUGCAACACUUAUGUCUUCUCCAUCAGAUGUGGUGAAAACCAGAUAUAUAAAUUCCCCACCAGGACACUAUGCAAGUAUACCCAAGUGUGCAAUGGCCAUGCUCACCAAGGAAGGAGUGCCUGCUUUUUUCAAAGGGUUCGUGCCUUCCUUCUUACGACUCGCAUCCUGGAAUGUCAUUAUGUUUGUGUGCUUUGAACAGUUGAAGCGAGCACUAAUGAAGUCCCGGCAGACUACGGACUGUACCACAUAA